AUGGCGGGUGACUCAGAUCAAACCAUGACUAUCACCAUGGAUGAUUUAGCUAAUAACACUGAUUUUUGGCUGACCUACUUCGAUGAGUUUGCAAAUUUCACUGGAUUGCCACCCACAGAAGAUGAUUAUAGUCCCUGUAAGAUAGACACUGAGACACUCAACAAGCAUGCCGUGGUUGUUAUCUAUGCCCUGGUCUUCCUGCUAAGCAUCCUGGGAAACUCCCUGGUGAUGCUGGUCAUCUUAUACAGCCGGGUUGGCCGCUCUGUCACCGAUGUCUACCUGCUGAACCUGGCCAUGGCUGACCUGCUCUUUGCCCUGACCUUGCCUAUCUGGGCCGCCUCCAAGGCAAAGGGCUGGAUCUUUGGCACACCCCUGUGCAAGAUGGCCUCACUCCUGAAGGAAGUCAACUUCUACAGUGGUAUUCUACUGCUGGCCUGCAUCAGCAUGGACCGUUACCUGGCCAUUGUCCAUGCCACACGCACGCUGACCCAGAAGCGGCACUGGGUCAAGUUCAUAUGUUUAGGCAUCUGGGUCCUGUCCUUGAUCCUGGCCCUGCCCAUCUUCCUUUUACGUGAGGCUUAUCAACCACCCUAUUCCAGCCCAGUCUGCUAUGAGGACGUGGGUGCCAAUACAACGAAAUGGCGGAUGGUAAUGCGGAUCCUGCCCCAGACCUUUGGCUUCCUAGUGCCCCUGCUGGUCAUGCUGUUCUGCUACGGACUCACCCUGCGCACGCUGUUUGCGGCCCACAUGGGGCAGAAGCACAGGGCCAUGCGGGUCAUCUUCGCUGUCGUGCUCGUCUUCCUGCUCUGCUGGCUGCCCUACAACCUGGUCCUGGUCACAGACACCCUCAUGAGGCUCCGGGUGAUCGCGGAGACCUGUGAGCGCCGCAAUGACAUUGGCCGGGCCCUGGAUGCCACCGAGAUCCUGGGCUUCCUCCACAGCUGCCUCAACCCUCUCAUCUACGUCUUCAUUGGCCAGAAGUUUCGCCACGGCCUCCUCAGGAUCAUGGCCAUCCAUGGCCUGGUCAGCAAGGAGUUCUUGGUCAAGGACGGCAGGCCGUCCUUUGUUGGCUCCUCUUCAGGGAACACUUCUACUACCCUCUGAGACCCCACGCAGGGCUCCUCCCUUCCCUACAGCAUCUGCCCCAAGCCUCAUGUCCUCUGGCUGCUCACACCCCAUGUCAAGGCA